AACAUAAUCGGACAUCUCUAGGUAGGCUUUGCAUUACUUGGCAAAUUUGUUGCAGUCGAAAAAAGAGGAGAACAAAUAACUAAAAAUAAAUAAGCUAAUUGAAAAUUACAAGUGCUUGAAAUGACAAAAACAGCAGAAACAACCGACGUCGAGAUGGAGGUGGAUGCCACGGUGGAAACCUUGGCGGACGAGAAAAAGAAUCAAGAUCUGGCCGCUGUUCAGGAGAUACGCGAGCAAAUUCGUCAGAUUGAAAAGUCGGUCGCAUCCAAAGAAUCGCGCUUUAUAUUGCGUGUGCUGCGUAACAUGCCAAACACACGGCGUAAACUGAACGGCGUCGUAUUCCGCAAUCUGGCGCAGAGUAUUUAUCCAGUUGGUGCUGAUCGAGAGGCGGCUUUGGCGCUCACUCCCGAGCUGGAGAAGGAUGCCACCGAGCUGCCCGAUGUGGUGAAGAAGCAAGUGGCCACAAAGGCACCAAUUGCCGAAGUGGAUGCAUAUUAUUAUUUGCUCCUGUUGGUCAAGUUAAUCGACGCCAGCGAUUUGAAGCGCGCUGGAACGUGCGCCGAUGCAUUGAUGUCCAAAAUAUCCAUACAGAAUCGUCGCACAUUGGAUCUGAUCGGCGCCAAAUCGUAUUUCUACUAUUCGCGUGUCGCGGAGCUCAACAAUGCCCUGGAAGGCAUUCGCGCCUUCCUCCACGCCCGCCUCCGCACUGCAACGCUUAGGAACGACUUUGAGGGACAGGCAGUUCUCCUGAAUUGUCUGCUGCGCAACUAUUUGCACUAUGCACUGUACGAUCAGGCGGAUAAAUUGGUCAAGAAGUCGGUGUAUCCGGAAUCAGCUAGCAAUAAUGAAUGGGCGCGCUUUUUGUACUAUUUGGGACGCAUUAAGGCGGCCAAAUUGGAGUACAGCGAUGCACAUAAGCAUCUCGUGCAGGCACUGCGUAAAUCACCACAACAUGCCGCCAUCGGAUUCCGCCAGACCGUGCAGAAACUGAUCAUUGUCGUUGAACUGCUGCUCGGCAAUAUUCCGGAACGUGUUGUGUUUCGGCAGGCAGGAUUACGUCAAUCCCUGGGGCCAUACUUCCAGCUUACCCAGGCUGUACGACUGGGCAAUCUAAAGCGCUUCGGAGAUGUCGUGUCGCAGUUCGGACCCAAGUUCCAAAUGGAUCACACCUUUACGCUAAUUAUUCGCUUGCGUCACAAUGUCAUCAAGACUGCAAUUCGUUCCAUUGGCCUGUCCUAUUCUCGAAUUUCGCCAAAGGACAUUGCCAAGCGUUUGAUGCUCGAUUCGGCGGAGGAUGCCGAGUUCAUUGUAUCCAAGGCCAUACGCGAUGGUGUAAUUGAGGCAACCUUGGAUCCCGCCCAGAAUUACAUGCGCAGCAAGGAGAGCACUGAUAUUUAUAGCACACGCGAGCCGCAGUUGGCUUUUCAUGAGCGCAUAUCCUUUUGCUUAAACCUACACAAUCAGAGCGUUAAGGCCAUGCGUUAUCCUCCCAAGUCAUACGGCAAGGAUCUGGAGAGCGCCGAGGAGAGACGCGAAAGGGAACAACAGGACUUGGAGCUGGCUAAGGAAAUGGCUGAGGAUGACGAGGAUGGUUUCUAAACACAUCGUGUGCACUUUCUUCAUAUUCAUUUAAUAUUUCAUAGAUAUGUCGCCGCAAAUGAUUUAAUAAUAAUAAAAAUUAAUUUUUAAAAACGUAAA